AUGGCCACAACCAUGUUCUGCCUUUCAGUGGGCUCGCCUUCAGCUCAAAGCCCCUCAAGAAAUACUGCAAUCACAUCUGACACCUCUGUCAGCCAUGCUUUUGAGGAGUACAACCCUUCUGAACCCGAACAUGGAGCGAAAGACUUUGGCAGGGAGCAUGAAACUGCACGUUGUGAAUGCACAACCGUGAAGCAGUUCUUCACCAACAUCGACGGUGACUUCUUCUGCACUGCUUGUAAACAUGAGCAAUGCUAUCUCUGCACUGAGUAUAAUGAUGAUAAUCACUCUAUCCUGUCUGAUGAAGGCCAAGGAAACGAAGAAGGUGAAGAGCUUUGGCGCAUCCACGAUGAUGAAGCUGAUGUUGCUAUUGCACGCGUCAAACAGCCAAAUGUGCCAGUAUCUUCCAUCGUUGAGCUUGGUACUAACGAUAUCAACUUUGUUACUGCAGCUUUCGACGCGAAGAGGCUAAAGAGUCGCCUCGAAAACAUCAGUAAUGAAUGCAAGCUCCUAAUCGCUUUUGAAUCCCUCAAGUGGUCUGGAAAUCGCCCUUUAUCAACUUCAGUGUGCUGGCUGGGUCCACCGCAAAGUAUCGGACUUGGAAUAGUCCUCAAAGACCGAACAACGAACAAAUCGAAUCUUGACCGGCUAUUAUUGGUUGACUGGCAGUCUUCAGGUCAUCAGGUCCAAAUGACCAGCGACGACUGUUUCCAUCAGAACAAGGAAAUAAGAUUAUCGGUGAUUUAGACAUGUAUGUUGGUGAUUGUUGUCUUAAAUUCAUGCGAAUUGCUCACGUGACUUCCGCCUUUACCUGAGCUCUAGGUAGAUCACUCUUUACAGGAGAGCUAGAGUAGCUACCCUUUCCUUUGUAUUAAGUUGUCCAUAGUAGCAGAGAGCUCUCUGAAGGAGAGCUCUUCUUCUUCCCUCACGGAUAUUCAACACCUUGAUCACAUUACAUGUUGAUAGAGAGCACAUUCUCUCUCCAAGAUAUCCAGGAUGAAGCAGUUGCUGAUGCACCAGUGACCCAGGUGAGUUCACCGUAUGAAACUGACAAUAGGAGGCCAUGGUCGGUAUCCAAAAUCCCGGAAAAGUUUCGAUAUUUACCGUCUUGGCAUCAUUCUCAUAGAGAUAGCGUCUUGGGAGCCUAGAGUCGCUCUUACUGACCAAAAAGAGAUAAAGACGAUGCGGCCCGGGGACCUG